AGUUAUUAGCCACAGUCUAAAUACAUAUUAAAAUUUGAGCACCAAUCAGACAAAAUCCUCAGAAUGCAAGUCUAAAAAGGUAAUUUAAGCAAAAAAUGAAAAGUACCAAAAUGAAACAUUUGGUUGAGGAGAAUAAGGCGAGGGGAAUUGACGAAAAUACCCCUGGCUGUACUAAAGAUCAAUUCCAAAUGCAAGAAAGAGAGAGAGAAGUAAAAAGUGCCAAGAAAACACAGGCAUUGCUAGCUGUCACCAGCACAUUUCCCUCCAUUUCUCUCCACACCCACUCUCUUCUCUUUUUUAUAAAAUCUUUCCUCUUAACCUCUUCUUCUUCACUCUCCUCUCAAACCCUAACAAUGGCGCCUCCACUUUCACUCUUCUUCUUCUUCUUCUUCCUCUGUAGCUCUGCUGCUGCUUCAAUGGCCGCCCCCGCCUUCCAAACCUUCAACACCCACUCCUCCCCUCACUUCUUCAACCCGAAGCUCCCUCCCAACUCCCUCUCCUCCUCCAAGAAAUUCGAGGGCUCCUCCGAUUU